AACACACUGACCGCAGUGAAUUUAAGUGCUCAAGGUCGUCGGAGCGACGCAGCGAAUCUCAAAACCACAAGUUAACGUUUACUGUCCACACCUUUGGUUUUCAAAUGCUUGAAAUGCUACAGCGCUUCAGACUUUUAAAAGCUCUCCCCAGAUUAGUGCAUACCUAUGUACAUCCAAUUCAAACGAUUACAAAUAAACAACAAUUGAUAAGCUCACAUAACUUAAUGAAUAUCCAACCCAAGUCUGCUGAUACUAAGUUUACCCUUCCUGACUCUGUCAAACUAGUCAAUCACAACAUAAGUGAAUUUAAAACACCUAUUGUGAACACUAUCGUAUUGAGCCAAUCCAUUACAUUGCCAUCUCUACCAAAUGCUAUCCCCAUCAAAUUAAAAAAUGAUAUCAAAAUUCGCAGGCGGAAAAUGAAGAGACAUCAGAAGAAAAGGCUACAUAAACGUCAUGCUGUGUUGAUACGAAAGGAACAGAUGAUGCGUGAAAAAAAAGAGGAAAGCAAAUUACAACAGUUGCUUGAAUUUUGGAAGAUCCGUUCAGAAUCAUGGGAUCCGGUCGAUAAGGUGAAAAAUCGAUUGCAUUUAGCGAGAAGGUCCGGUUAUUACGUAGAUAUACUUAAUACUAAAGGCAGUCCAUUUUCUAAAGAAUAAAUGUUUAGUACUAAACCUUACUUUCUUGAUUCCCCAUAUAUUUACGUUAAUAAAUUGUAAAAAUCUACGUUUUAGGAACUAGAAGGUCGGCUACAUAC